AUGAUGAGCGCUUUAAUUUAAACUAAUGAGUGCUUAUUGAACUCCUCAAAAAAUCAAAAUAUUUCUUAAAAAAUAGAAACCAGCGGUAACUCUCAAACUUAAGCUUCCCCAAGUUAGCAUUUUAAGGAAGAAGCUAAUGAGCUCACUGAGUAGCAAUUGUGCCCUUCUCCUACAUUAGUUAAAGCAGAUAGAUUUUACUUAUAUUUAAAUCAAGUUGGAGGCCAUAGCACAUUUUUAAAGCCUGUUGAUGAUAGGAUUAACUUUAUUGCCAAGCCUGUUUAAUCUAAGGAACUUGAAUUUUAUGAAAGUAUAAUGAAAACCAAGAACUUGAACAAGCUUAAAAAAUUUUUGCCUAAAUAUUAUGGAACAGUAGAAAUAAAUAAUUCAACUUAAAUAGUAAUUAGCAAUAAGAAAAGGAUAUCAGAUAUGACUUCAUCUCAAAAUCAAUAUAAUCUCAAUUUUGAUUCCAAAUCGUAAUGGCUGUAAAGCCUUUUUUCAAAAAGAUUCAAAUAUGGAAAAUACAUGAAACUCUAAGAUUUGACAAAAAACAAGAAAUUUCCUUGUAUACUCGAUAUAAAAAUGGGAUUCAAAGCCACUAAUUAAAAAGACGAAAAUAAGUUUUAAAACUCCACUUCUUCUAGUGUUGGAUUUAGGAUAUGUGGAAUGAAUGUUUAUUAGCCUCUCAAGAAAUGCGCAAUUUUUAAAGAUAAAUAUUGGGGGAGAUAAAUUUAGCAGUAAUCUCUAGAGAGCUCAGUUGCAUCAUUCUUUUUUGAUGGAGAAUAAAUAAGAUUUGGCUUAAUUCAUAUGUUCAUUAAAUAGCUCAAAAAAUUGAAAAGAGCUUUGUAAUACUAUAAAGGAUAUAAAUUUCAUUCUUCGAGCUUACUGUUAAUAUAUGAUGGCAUUUAUAACGCUGAGUAGUUUAAAAGCUAAGAAAAACCAUCUUCUAAAAAAAUAUAAAUUUAGGAUUUUCCACAAAACAAAUCAUUCAAUCAUUCUCUUAACAGCACUUUUAUAGAUCAAAUGUCCAAUUUUUUUACAUAAAAAAUUGUAAAAAAAUAAAAGAAAUUGAAAGAAAUCAAUUAAUUUUAGUUAGAAAAAAUUAGCUCUGACUCAUAGGUCAAAUAUAAACCUCUUUUAUUAUAAAAUUUAAAGAGAAGACAAAGCGCAUACUAAUACACCUUUAACUCUUAACAGAUAUAAAAUUAUUCUGAUGUAGAAAAGAAAAUAAUUUCUUAACAUUAAUCAUUUAAUAAUUAAGAUAAUAAUAUAAAAAUAAAGUGUAAGUAAGACUCGGUUGAAAAUGACCUAAACCAAUUAGAUUUAAUUAAAAUAACAAAUCAAAUUAAUCUUUUUUCUAAAGCAAGAUCACAAAGCUCUGAGAGUAAUUAAAGUAUUAUUAGUGAUAAAAAUCAGUCAAUUGAUAACUAUAGUUAGGAAGAAGAAGAUAAUGAUGUGAGUUCAAACUAAUAGUCUUUUUCAUCAUUUUCAAGCGCAUCAUCCUUAAACCAUAGUUUUAUGAGCCAAGGAAGUAAUGCAAAUAGUAAAAAAAACAGCAGUUUUGACAAAAAAAAUAAUAAAAGCUUACUCAACAAAAGUUAUAUUUCUUCUCAUAGUUAAGAGUGUUUCUCUUUUAAAUAAUCUAAACCAAGACCCAUUUUAAAAUUAAUAGACUUUGCUAAUAUUGAAAUUAACGAAAAUGUUGAAGAACACGACUUAGAACUUGUGAAGGGUAUUGAAAAUUUUAUUGAAUUGUUAAUGAAGAUAGCUUCGAAAGAGGUUUCUUAAUCUUUUGUUAUUUAAAAUUAACAACUAUUUACAUCUGCAGAAGCAGAAUAAUAAUUUAAAGUAAUUAACACACUUAACAAUGAUUUUAUUCUUGAAGGCAUAGGUUUCAAUCAAAAUAAUAUUUAAAACUAAGAAAAUUUAACCAAUAAAAAUUGA